GCGAAAUGGGUAAUUCCUUGUUUAAAUGAAGAACAUCCUAGCUAUUUUGGUGACUCCAAAAACUAUUAUAAACUAUGCAAGUGACAACUUUGUAAACGCGCAUAACAAAGAACUAAAUACACACUGAAAACCUGCUGUCUGGCUCAACUCUUGUUUCCGCGUCAAACACAACAGGUAGAUCGAGGUUGUAUGUAUGCGUUCUAUUUUUAGACCAUUCAUGUAUGGGGAACAAAUAAGAUAAAGCGUUGACCUAGAUAGUUAGUGAAUCGUCCAAUAUACAAUAUUUCGGUGGACUUAACAGCUAGCAACUUGCGCGUUUGUAUAGCGUCAGACACAUUAAGGUUGCUUUGUGAAUAAACACAUUUGGAAUCUGUAAAAAGAGGUGUUAGUGUGCAGAUUUUUAUUCAGUUAAAACUGGUGAACACGUGUGUUUUGAACGAAGUGAAGAAUUCGAAAAGUUUCAGUUAAGAAAGUUAGACAAUUGUGCAUGUGGAUUGAACUUGGAGUGUAUUCGAGGUCAAUGAUAACUUGAUGGCUAAUUAAUCCAACCCGGCCGCAUAUUAUGAAGAAGUACCAAUACUACAGCCACUCGCCGUUCACUCCUCCCGCCUCCAUUUCCGGCCCCGGAGACGCUCGCUCUCAUCCGGGCACCCCGGAACUACUCCGUCAUGACGUCAUUGAUCUUUCCGCUCGCAUGGGGAGACCGGAUUUUGUCAUGGAGACUGAACGGAAGUGGGGUGAUGCAUUGGACGCAGCGCUAGAUCUGUCAGGAUAUAGUCGCAGCCAAGAGCAGAAUGAAGCGCUCGAUUUGAGUAAGCCAGGUGGCAAUAAGAGCCACAUCCAAUCAAAUCAGAGAAUCUAUUCGCCCCACCAAUCACUAGGGUCGUCAAAAACGCCACCGUCGAUUGGAUCGUCGCGGUCACCAAUCGUCCAAUCUUAUAGCUUGUUACAAGCGGCGUUGAAUUCCAACCAACCGAAUGCUGGCUUAGUUGAUCGCAAUGGACAGCCACUAUACGGUGGAGGUUUCCCGAUUGGCGACCGUGGGAUCAAGCCGUUUGCGAGCGCGCCGUCUCGCAGUUUCUCUCUACCCCACAUGGCUCUCACCUCGAGUACAGGAGCGAUAAUCCACGGGGUCGCCAAGCCCAUUGCUAUCACGACACCACAGCCUCACAACCCACCCGUGGCGACCAAGAGCCAGAGCAUCAGCGAUACGACAGUGAGCGUCACGGACGCUUACCAAUCAGUGUCGUGCGCGAGGAACCAUGGGUACUCGGUUAGCCUAUCAGAUUCCGGUUAUCAGAAGGUUUCAAAUUCAAAUAAACUCCACAUCCAAAAAGGCAUGGAUCCUCAUGUUAUCACGGAGCGGUAUAUGCUACAACAUCCGGAUGACUUUCCAGGAAGUAUAGUGGGGUCUCAGACAUUUUCCCCGGAAGUACUUAAUGGAUUUGCAUGUACCCAGUGCACCAAGACUUUUAAGACUAAAGCAGCGAUGAAAUUGCACAUGACUGUACAUAAGACAAUAGAGGAAAGACAAUAUGGAUGUCAGAUCUGUCAGCGACGUUUUCUCCAUCGACAUCAUCUUGUUGUCCAUCAAAGGAAACACAGCGGCGAAAAGCCCUUUGAAUGUCGCGCCUGUAAGAAGACAUUUAUGGCGAUAUUUCUGCUUCACAAACACCUGAAGAAGCAUACGAGAGAAACGGGAGAAGUGUCCGAAAUAUCGGUAGAACAAUUGAAAGAAUUGCAAGUUCAGAAAAUGAUAAAUCCUGGUCCGCAGCCAUUGACAUAUAGAAAUGUUCCUCCUAAAUCUAGUGUUGAUUCGAUAGUUGUUUUAUCUGACGAGGAGAAUGAUAAACAGUCUUUGGAAGAAAAGGUUAAAGGAAAAAUCGACGAAGCAAUAAAGAAAGAUCAUGAUGGGAAAAUCGAUAAAAGUCUUAACAAUAGUAAGAAGGAAAUGCUACAGAAAGAUAUCGUGCAGGCAAUUUUAAGCAAUGCAGUUGCUGAAAUUGAAUCUGAGAAAGCCAAACAAAGGAGCAAAUUGACCCAUGAAAAUGUAACUACUGAAACGAGGAUUGAUAGCGAAACAGAAUGUAAGACACGGGAAAUAAACGUUGAAGAAAGUCGGAACAUUUUGUUGGAAAAUGUUGGUACAGGGUUAAAGUUGCCGGUGCAGACUUUCACAGUUGAACCUGAAGUUGACGAGGCAACAAAAUGUCAGUCACGAAGAGUUGACAAUCCAUUCCCGCAGUUUACUGCAGAUGAAGAGCUGGAAUUAGAUACAAGCACAGGUGAACUGAAAAAAGUUUGUGCCAAGACAAUAAAUGAGAAUUCCUUGGAAUAUAGUGUUCAAAAGCUUAAUGGGAAUUUGGAGCGGCAAUCACCAGAAGUUUCAGCAACAAUACAGGACUUUGUUAACACACCAGAAAUCGUUCGUGUUAAAGACGAAGACAUUGACCAAAGUACAGUGAGAAAUAGUAAAUGUGAAACAGAACUUUGUACAAAUGAAACUGCUUUAUUACAAAAUACAAGCCAUGAAACAGAGAAACCACCCAAGGCGAAGUGUAUUGAUUAUGUACAGGAAAACGUUGAAAGUGAUGUCCGUGUGGUGCUUGACGAGAUGAAAGAUCACAUUUACCAAGAUGAAGAGACAAUGUCUGCACACGAUGACGAGAGGGAAGAUUCAGAUAAUAAUAUGCUGGAAAAGAGAGUGGAGACCCAUGACAAUAUUUUCGAGAAAAUGUAUUAUAGCAAUGAUCUUCCAAAUUUUCAAGAAUCGCUAAACUCCAACAGGAAAGGAAAAAAGAAAACGAAAAAAGUAAAAUGUGAAGUUUGUUCUAGAACAUUCCAUUCUAAUCAUUAUCUACUCCUUCAUAUGGCAGUCCAUAAACGCAAUCCAAUGUUGCAGUCUUUGAAGAAAGCAAAGGCGAACCAAAUGAAAGCAUUGGGCUUUGUUAAUAAAGGGAACGUUUCAUGCGAAGUGUGCAAUAAGGUCUUCAAAUUCCAAAAAAGUUUGAACUCGCAUAUGCGCGUUCAUAGUGAGAAACUGAUUGAGCGCAAACUGUAUAGAAAAGCAUUUAGAGACUUUGUUUCCGGUGGGAAACCAUCCAAUAAUAAAAAGACUGCGUCUACCAAAACGUCUCGGGUUGUAUCCGCGACCGAAUCUAUUUCAACUUCUGCUGAAGAAAGAAAAUCACAUUUGCUUAAUUCGUCCAUUAGUUUGAUUGAAACUGAAAGGUCCAUGUUAGAUGCAUCGCAGAAAGACGAGGACCCUCCUGUACGCGUCAUCAUCGGGGAUGAUUCACUGAAGCGGUACGUCUGCCACGCUUGUGACAACUCAUACACAUCCAAACAGAAACUCAGAUUACACGCUUUAAUUCACAAAGACAAUUGUUUUCUAUGUGAUCUUUGCGGCAAAGCCUUCUUCCGACAAAUCACACUCGAUAAACAUCUACUAACACAUAAUCUGCCGCGGCCCUACAUUUGCGACAUUUGUCGAAAAUCGUUUAUCCAUCGUAGCAGUUUAAUGCGACAUCGAGCGGUCCAUAUUAAACCGUCGCAACAAGACGCAAAACACAUAGAGGCAAACAAAAUGUUUGAGAAAACAAUGCUUGACACGUAUUCUAUGUUAAGGGAAGAGAAGAUUAAAAGCCAAUUUGUUGACAUGAUGAAUUCCGAUAAAAAAUACAAUGCUCUUGAUUUGACUGUUAAAAUCCGACCGGAGGAAACAAGUUUGCCUCCUGUUCUAUCUCCAGCUAAUGGUCCGAACCUGAAUCAUUCACAUAACUUUCAUCUCAGUCCUCCUCUUAUAACAAAUGAUGUGGACGAACAAGAGGAACGAUAUGAUAACAUAUCCGAUAUUAAUAUUGGCAAUGAGCAUAACCAAGAUGCAUUUAUGUCCUUACAAAGUACCGUGAAAAGAAAACCACGAACCGAAUCGGGCUGUAGCGAAAGUGACGUUUUAUCAGACGAGAUUCCCUCCAGUGGUAAGAAGUCCAGAAAGACUCGAGUGUACCGGACCUCGUGUCGGGUGUGCAAAGAGGAAUUUCCAAAUGUGAUCUUUCUUAAGUCUCACAUGGCUAAACACAACACGGUAGAGACUCACCUGUAUGAAUGUCACAUCUGUCGACACAGGUUCACACAGAGCUGCAGUUUGUUGCGGCAUCUGAAAACGAGCUGCCUGGAAAACCGAAUGAAAUGCGAGCCAUGCAAUAAGGUUUUCCACCGGAGAAACACAUUUGAACAGCAUAUGAGACUUCAUCAGGGCGGGCCACCGAAUUUGGAUGGCAGUUUUUACGAUAAGAGGCGAGAUGAAGCGGAAGUAAAUGAAGAACGCGAAAGCGACAUUGAAAAUAAUAAUAGCUCCAAAGUUGAACCAGUGAUAACACCUUUAACUGUGGAAAAUGUGACCCUCUUUGACCAGGCAAACAAUCAGGAAACCAAGAAAGAGGUGGGUGACAAUGAUUCCGACUCAGAGGCGCGGACAUACUUGUAUUCUGAGGGCGAGGUUCAUUCAAAAUUGUCAGAUCUGUCCGAGGGUGAAGGGCUGUCAGGCAGUGGGCGGAAGUCAUACAACGUUCCACAGGACCUGACCAAGAACAGCAUGACGUUGAACUUGCUUAGCGCCGUGUGCAGCGACAUCCGGAAUGCCGAACACGAGGAGGACCGGAAGCGCUGCGAGCUGGAGGAGAAGCAGAAGGAGCUCGAGACUAUUGAGAUACUGGCCAAUCUGAAACGAGGCUAUCUGCAGAAGACUUCUCCUGCUGCGGUGUCGCAGACAGACUGCAAAUCUUUUAUUCUUCCGUCGCAGUUAGCCGAUUCGGCGAAAAUCGGCAUGAUGAUUGAGCCGCUUCUACAUGUAUCUGGGCCAUCAUUGCCCACGUCGUCAGCCGCGGUCGCAGCAAUGCUGUCUGACUCAAACUGUGAUACAUACCAAAGCAGACCGACUUCAGGUGAUCACAGGCUAGCUGAUUGCACGUCACAUCCGCCGUCAUCAACGUCAUCUGUUCUGAAAAGAAUGACGUCACCAAUUCCUGCGCAGUCCAUAUGCAGUCGCUCGUCCACCCAAAUCUCGUCCCUUAUCGACAGCGCAAUCUCACAAGCGGUGAAACAGUCGCAAGUGGCAGCCACCAGUGCGGUGCAAUCUCAGGGUAUUCCGCGAGCACCACACGCCCCGCAUGUAUCAACUCCGGAGAACAUCCAUCACAGAAUACCUUACCAUCCCGCAUUCGCGUUUCCACAUAGGCUCCCACUGAGCAGUCAGGAAAUGUACGAACUGUCCAGGAAUAUGCAGUCAUUGCCCUUCCUACAGGACCAGCUGAAUAUACUAAAAGCGACCGCAGCCAUGUGUACACCACUGUCGUCGUCAUCUCACACCAGUGGCCAACAGUUCAUGACCUCGGCGAACUUACCCACAAGGACUCUGUCAACUGGUUUUAUGUUACAAAAGGCCGCACCAGAUAUGCCCGAGGAUCUAUCAAUGAGGAAAACUUCCAUUUCCAAAAGCAAUAGUAAUUCUACAUUAGAUCUCACAUCCCACUCGACGAGCGUUAUCUCAAAUUCACCAACGACAUCACUGUCGAACACGUCACGCGCGGAAACCAAUUUUACCCAAAGUCGAAACGAGUUUCACGAAAAACACACCAGAACGUCUGAAAGCGCCGAUCAUGGCAAACGCAUGCCCCCUCUCCUUAUGCCAAUGAUAGAAUUCGAAUCCCGCAGACAUCCGAUGACCUCUGUGAUACCUCCACCUCUGAUGAACAUUUUCAAGUGCGAGCUGUGCGGCAAGAUCGUGUACAGUAAGUUCGACCACCACCUGCACAUGGUUGAGCACGCUAAGGCUCAGGGUCUUGCGGUCCUGUCCGGCUCGAUCAAGCGCGAGACGUCGCCGGAAGCUCCCACUGAUUUCUCCCAGUCGAGUCACACCCCAUCGAAGCAGCCAAAGAUUUCCCCACCCCUCUCACUUAACCUCCAGAUGUCCCGCGAUGAGGUCACCGCCGCCGGGAAUGCGUCCAACGGGAACUCCGAUCUCGAUUCGCCCAUGUCGCACUUCAAAAUAGAAGGGACCGGAAGUGACGGAAGCGACAGCGUCUCCUCGCCUUCUGCCGGAAAUAUCAGCGAGGCGCAGCUGCGUGAGGAGCUCCGACAGAAGAUCUACGCCAGGCGGCGCUCGCAGGGGCUUGAUGACCUCAAAGUGGAGUUCAAGUCACCGGAACCCUCGGAGUUAACGGAAGAGGAGAGACUGAAGCUGCUCUAUCGGCGGGAAUGUAACCGCCAGGCGGCGCAGAGGAGCCGGAUGAGGAAGAAAGACCUUGUGGACAGUCUGUUGGAGGAACUGCAGGGUGAAGAAGUCACUCGAAACAAGCUUCAUCACAAGCUCGAAUCGCUAUUGGCCGAGAAAAACAUACUGCUCAAAAUUCUCGCCACUCACAAUUGCAGCAAAAUUAACAAGACUGACGUGUCUUCAGUUAAUACGACAGAAUGUUCAGCGGCCGAUGAUUGUGGUGCUACUUCUGUUAAGUCUAAAUGUGAACGUAUUAGUACCGACAAUGCCACUUUUCAGACCCCCAAAAAUAUUAAAGACAACACACUUUGUAUCGUCCCCUGGGACCAAGAGUUAUUCUUUAAAUCAAUCCAUGACCAUAUUGCGAAAGAUCUGUACAACAAGCCGAUUAAAUAUAAACAAAAACACGAUCAUAUUCACUCAAAAGUGUUUCAAAACAGUUCAGAAGACGCAAUUGAUAUUUCUGACAGUUCGCAAGGUGUUGAUUCAGACAGUGACUCACAACAUGCCCUUCUUUCUAAAAGCAGUAAACAAAACGAAAACACUAAACCAGCACACACCAACAUUUGCACAGAUGACGAUGUCUCGUCGAGUUCGUUUGAGAUUGACAAUUCAAAUUAUGGUUUGAAUGAUUCCGAUGUCAAACAUUGUCAAGAAAGGCAAGAACGUUUAAGUGAGCCAGACAGCACUUUCAAAGAGUUAGGCAAACACAAUUACGAAUAUGUAACUGGUCAAUCGGCUGAGCAGGCAGAACGAGUAAAUAAUGAAAAUUCUAAGAUAUCAAAUGGUAUUAAAGUAACUCAAUUCCAGGAAUAUUGUUUCUCUGACGUAGCGGAAGUGAUGAGCCAUAUUGUUACAUGUGUGGAGCAAAUGUUAACGGAUGAACAAUGAUGAUGACAAGUAUAUAUUUCAACAUAGUUAAGCCAGCGUUGGAGUUAAAGUUAUUAAAUUCGCUUAGAAAACGGGUUGUCUCUGAUUUUAAGCAUAAUGUGAUAUUAUUUAAAUGACGCUUGUAAAAUUGUAAAUACAUUGCACAGUUAUCAACAAAUCUGUGAUAGCUAGGUAAUAUCGAGGUAUUAUAGUCUUGUUAAACAACAGCAAUUAUAAUGGUGUUCUUUCAUAGUAAUUCAGGAUACUUGAUAUCGAUACCAUUAAAUCUUCAUCCAUCCAAACAUUGUCAUCAUAUGUCUUUUUUCUAUGCAACAAAACUAACAUGACACUUUGUCUACAUGACCUCAAACUAGGCAUGUCAUAUACAACUCGUAUAGUCCAUUUUGUAAAGUUUGUAUACCUCAUAUCCUUCAAUGAACAUAAACGAUAACAAUAAGUAUGGGAUUUGUAACUCACAAUAUUUAUGUAAGAUAACUCCGUGUACAAUCCCGUUCAGCUUUGUGAGUACCAUGAUAUUGGAAACCAGUUACACCAAUGCUCAUAAAAAGACGCAGGUUCUCUUGGAAUUUAUUACGUAAUCUUAUAAUUGGAACUCGUUGUUGAGAAACUUGGCUUUAUGAUUUUGCAAAAAGUGUCAUUCCAGAUAAGCCUUUGCAUUUCGCACAGGCCAAUCAGGUACGACACUUUCCGCUUUCUUUGAUGUGAAGAAAGUCUGCUAAACGGAAAUCCAGUUAUGGUGGGAAGAAUAGUCCUUGAUGAGCCAGUACGGACUGCACAUGAAUCAAGCCCAGUUUUGCCAGAACGAGGCACAUAUUGGGCCCAUAUCUAUGUGUUGUGUUUGACAAUUUGAGCUGUUUGUAUACGACCGGUUGUAUCUCUUUGCAGAGACUUGGCGAAUUGCCAAACAAAAAUCUCAAAGAUGACCGCCCCAGCGCUGAGCAAGUGAAGAAUUACUGAGACAAUAUUUGCUGACAAAAAUAUCAUCAUUGAUUGUCAUAAAAACGUAUUUAUGCUUAAUAUGCUGUGACGAAAUAUUGAACAUAUGAGCAUGCGAAAGACGUAUACUGAAAUUGUCGAUUCAAGAUUCUAUGCUCGGUAAUGACAUUUUAAUAGCCACAAAAUAAAUGUGUACGGUGCUCCAUUUUGGCUAAAAUACACUCUAUAUACACAUACAAUUAUAACAACCUUCAUUCAUAGCAUACCACCAAUAACCUUGACUUGUAAACAGCGAAUGUGUUGUUUUGUACUUAGAUUAUUUUACCUUUAUAUUAUUUGACACCAGUUCCAAAGUCAAAUUUAAGACAGAAACCAUUGUAAUCUUUUUGUGUUAUUCAUGGCAAUAGAAGACCACUUAACAUGGCACCAACUCAUACUGAAUUCGGCGCUUUGGUGCAGUUUGCAAUAAAUACUGAGGCCAAAAAUGUCCUUUGAAUGUACAUGAUAGCACAAGUGACUCACUUGAUUUUAUUUCACUAGUUCUUGUUAAGUAUUAUAUACUUGAUAUCUAGCCAUCACAACACACGUCCGUUUAGUUGACAUAUAACGCUUUUAUUAAUAUAAGUAUAAAGUAAGCAAGAAACAUAUUUAUUACGAAUUGCUGUUGUACAUUGAACAAGUGUCUUAUGGACAAUUUUUAUCGUUUACAGUAAUGGUCGAAAACUGGCAUUGUUGAAACGUGUUUUAUUUUGUCAUUUUGUAUUGGUUAUGUUGGUAUUGUGUACAUACAUGUACGUAUUUCAGUCUAGGUCGGUAUUGAUUUAUUAAGGCAGCAUCCAUUUUCACUUGUUUAUUUUAGAUAAAUCAUUACGUACAUGUUCACACGGUAGUGUGCAAUGUUCUUGAGAUCAUUUCAUAUUCCAGCGAAAGCAAAUUUCUCUCAUUUUUACUGCAUAGGAAAACGGAAUCGUACCAUCUACUAUGUCUUAUUCUUGCUGACAAAAACAGAAACGUACGCAUAUCUUUCUGACUUUCUGAUAUUGUAUUUAUUCAGAUACAUGAAUUAACACAUGUCGAUUUUCGACAUUUCUAACAUGACUUGCGUAUUGUUUUACUUCCUGUGUCGCCUUUGUAUGAUGUUUUAAAUGUGCUACGUUGGUAUUUCUGUGCUAGUGUCAUGUUUCUUAUCUGUGUACAUGUAUGUUCUUUUGAUUGUUAAGACUUUACAUGUUCUGUUUAUUUCAAUGGUUUAUUUUGUUACCAAAUCAUGUCAUUUUUCUUUUCAGUACUAAUUACAUCCAUAUAGUUUUAUAUGUUAACUUUAUCACACUGUUUAUGUUAGAUGAAACGUUAAACUUUGUUUAUGAAUAUACUACAUUAUUGUUUGAAAUGUUUAUAUCUAAAGAUGUAAUGCAGAAAAAUUCUGCUAAUAAAUGUCAAAUGAUA